AGACGUUUCACUAGAAAUAGUAUUGGAUUCUAGGGAAUUCCAGUUCAAAAAAUCAUCUCAAAAUGGGUUUUAAGUCCAAAUACCAUAUAGAUGUGGACUUUGAAGUGCCCAAGAAACUACAAUGGUAUUAUGCGCCAGCUUUCUUUGGUUUUUGGUUUGUUUUGUAUCUGGCGUUGGUCAACACUCAGAUCAAUAGUAUGCCCAAAGCCUUGACCAAAAGUGAUGAAGUGAAUAAUCCCUAUUCAUUUAUUGCCCAAAGGGCAGAGGAUACUCUAAUCGAAUUGACUCGCCUGGGACCUCGUGUGGUGGGCAAUGAGGCUAAUGAAAUCCUGACUGUAGAGUUUCUUCGCAAUGAAGUUGCCAAAGUUGAGGCUGAAAUGUUGGAAAAAUAUGAAGUGGAAUUCGAUGUGCAGCAGGCCAGUGGCGCCUAUAUACAUUGGACUAUGGUUAACAUGUAUCAGGGCAUACAGAAUGUGGUGGUCAAAUUGAGCGAGAAGAAUAAUACCAAUGAGAACUAUUUGUUGAUCAAUAGUCAUUAUGAUUCAGUGCCCGGAAGUCCUGGAGCUGCGGAUGAUGGCUCCAUGGUGGUGACCAUGUUGGAGGUAUUGCGUGUCAUAGCCAAAACCGAUGAGCCACUCGAUCAUCCCAUUGUCUUUCUUUUUAAUGGCGCCGAGGAGAAUCCUCUGCAGGCUUCUCAUGCCUUUAUCACUCAACACAAAUGGGCCAAGAAUUGCAAAGCUCUCAUCAAUCUGGACUCGGCUGGCAGCGGUGGACGUGAAAUUCUAUUUCAAUCGGGACCCAAUCAUCCUUGGCUCAUGAAUUAUUAUCGCAAAGUGCCUCAUCCAUUUGCCAAUACCAUGGGAGAGGAACUUUUCCAGGCUGGUUUUAUACCAUCGGAUACAGAUUUUCGCAUUUUUCGGGAUUAUGGCGGUGUACCUGGUCUAGAUAUGGCUUACAUAUUCAAUGGUUAUGUCUAUCAUACGAAAUACGAUCGUGUGAAUGUCUUUCCCAGAUCCUCAUUUCAACAUACGGGCGAUAAUGUCUUGGCUCUGGCCAAAGCAUUGGCCAAUGCUCCCGAACUAGAUGAUACAGCUGCCCAUGCAGAGGGUCAUAACAUCUUCUAUGAUUUCCUCGGUUGGUUCAUCAUCUUCUACACGGAGACCAUUAGCAUCAUUGUGAAUGUUAUUGUUGGAGUUUUGGCUCUUCUGGCCAUUGGUAUCUCAGUGUACUUUAUGUCUGUGCGUUCUGGCUGCAGUUGGAAGGGAAUCCUCUUACGUUUUGGCAUCACAAUUGGCAUUCAACUUGUAUCCUUGAUGCUUGCUUUUGGUCUUGCCGUACUAGUGGCUGUUUUUAUGGAUGCUGUGGAUCGUUCCAUGUCAUGGUUCAGUCAGAUUUGGACUAUCUUGGGCUUGUAUUUGUUUCCCAUUAUCUUUGGCAUGAGCAUUCUACCGGCUCUGUAUUUGGAGAAAACUAAACGUGAUCCUUUAGGUUUGGGUUUUCGCAUACAGCUCUUUAUGCAUGCCCAUUGCAUCAGUUUGAUUCUGAUUAUGAUGAUAAUGACUGGAGUGGGCAUACGUUCGGCUUAUCUGGUAAUGAUUUGUGUCCUCUUUGAUAUAUUGGCAUUGAUUGUGAAUUUGGUCACCAAAUGGCAUCGCAAGGCCUAUUGGUUUGCCAUUGCGGUGACUGUUUGUCAGGGUCUGCCCUUCAUUUACUUUACUUACCUUUGUACCGCUUCGCUGAUGACUCUUAUGCCAAUGCAAGGACGUUCCGGUUCGGAAACGAAUCCCGAUUUAAUUAUUGCCGCAUUAAUGUGGCUAUUCUCCUUAAUGUUUGCCGGUUUCAUAGUGCCACUGACUAUGUUCUUCCGCAAGACAAGAACGAUAAUACUCUGUUUUCUGGCUGGCACAAUUCUAUUUAUUAUCAUAUCGGUGACAGAUGCUGCCUUUCCCUAUCAGGACAAUAAGCGAGCUCAGCGUUAUUCCGUGAUUCACGCUCACCGACGUCUACAUAAUGCCGAUGGCAGCAUACGGACAGAUGAAUCGGGAAUGUAUAUUUAUCCUCAGGACAGACGUUUCAGCAUGGCUGAAGGGCAAUUGAAGGCCAUUGGAGAUGUUCAUCAGGUUAGCGAAUUCUGUGACGAGGAAAUGUUCUGUGGCAUGCCUCUGUAUAAUCAUCGCUGGAGCAAGGCUCGCGAAUAUAGUCUUUGGAUACCGAUAAAGGAGCAGCCUGAAAUUCCCACUGUAUAUCCACAACUAGAGCUGGACGAAAUCACCGAAUUGGAUGGCAAUGAAUCACAAAAACGUUUCAAUUUCUCACUGACUGGUCCCGAUCAUAUGACCAUUUUUGUGAAUGUUAAAAAUGAUGCCAAAAUUCUUGAUUGGUCAUUCAAUGACACAAUGCUCCGAGAGAAUGAAGAACCACCGCAUUUUAUAUACUUUUCGUAUGGCUUGGAUAACAGCACAUUACACUUCCACAUAGAUGUUGAGAAGACGACAUCAUCAUUUGAUGUGCCCAGUCUGGAAAUUGGCAUUGGUGGUCAUUGGGUCAAUGAAGAUCUUAAUAACAUGGAGCAAUUGAAUCGUUAUCUAGAACAUUUUCCAUCCUACACCUACAUACAAGGUUGGGUGGGCACCUAUGAGAGUUGGUAUUUUUAGUUCGGUUUAGGUUACGAGGGGAGACACUUAGCGGGUGGGAAUUAUACAUAAAAUGAUAUUUACAUAACUUUAUUUUAUUGAUUUACUAAAUUGUAAUUAUAGGUUAUUAAGUUGUUGCUAUUAUCGAUUGUAACUGUAGCGAAUCUGAUAAAUAAAUUGAUAAUCCAAAGAAUAGAAUAACGCAAA